AUGGACCAUGUUGAAUUUGCUGUCACUGGCACUCCUACUAAUGACAACAACAACAACAUCUAUAUGCAGAGUAAACCUUGUGUUUCUCACUCCUUUAUCAUACCUCCUGGUCCUGACAUGCCCUCUAUUCCUACUGUGCCCUCUAUUCCUACUGUGUCAUCUAUUUCUACUGCACUGUCUAUUCUUGCUACACACUCUAUUCCUGCUACACCAAUUAUGCCUAGCUUUACUACCAUGCAGACCUCCUUCACUUCUUCUAUACCAGCAUCCUUACCAGCUGUGAAACACAAGGCUGAUGUGAAUGACAGCUCAUGUAAUGAGUCCCAUCCAUCACUAUCUUCAAAAGGAAAGGAGUUAUUGAAGUUACAAUGUCUAACAAUGCUGCUAGCAUUGGAAGACUUGGGAGGGAAAGAUGUCAAUAGCAUUGCUAACAUGAUAUCAGCAUUUCAGGAGAUAAUUACCAGACAUUUUGUUGAGCCCAUCCCUCUCCUCAAGCAGAGAGUGAUUCUCUAG